AAGUAUGAUACAUAAACACAAAUUCUCUCAGCAGAGACGCAAUGAAAAUUAAGUAAAUGAGGAAGGAAACUAGUGAGUCUGCUUCAAGCUUUCCAUUUAAGUGCAAACAACAUAAGAGACAAGAGCUCGCUGUGGGAAAGGAUUACAGCUCUAAGAUUGUGGUAGUUAAGGAGUUAAGGUGUGAUGCAACCAUGCUGAUUAGAACAAGAGUUUCUUCAGCAGCCGCCAUGCUCCUGUUGCUGGCAGGAGUUCAGGCUCAGCACCGUGUAACUCUCUCCUCUAAGAGUCUCUGUGCUGUUACUGGAUCUACAAUACAAAUCCCCUGUACAUUUACAAAACCUUACUACAGUGUCACACAGAGAGAGUGGUAUCGAGUCCAGAGCUCUGAAGGAGAACCACAAGACCUGAGCACAGAUCCACAAUACUCAGGACGAGUGUCUGUAAACAUGUGGGGAUCUGACUGUGAGCUGACAGUGUGGAAUGUGAGAGUGAGUGACUCUGGAGUUUAUAACUUUAGAUUUAAAACACAGAGAAAUGACUGGAUAUCAGCCUCAUCUGGAGUUAAUCUGACUGUUACAGAUCUGAAGGUUAUAGUAUCAGACUCAGUUUGGGGAAAGAAACUGAGCUGCAUCACCACCUGCACUCGGUCUAACAAAGUUUACUGGUACGAGAACGAACAGCGUGUUCGUAACCAGAACAAAAAUUACCUCUUUGUCUAUGUCUAUGGAUGGGAAAGAGACAGCUACUCCUGUGGUGUAACAGAAGAUGAGAAUUUUCGCUCAACUGCUGUUUGUGCUGGGUGUUGGAGUGUGACUUACUCCACCCAGACUAUCUGCUCUCUGAUUGGCUCAUCAGUGGACAUGCACAGUUAUUACACCUUCCCUCAUUAUCAAAAGGUCACAAACGUGUUGUGGUUCAUUAAAGAUCAGGCUGAUGGUGAGCCUGUGGAUAUAACAGAGGAAGAGGAGUAUCAGGGCCGAGUGCAGUACACACGGAGCUCCCAGAAUAACUGUGGUCUGAAAAUCACUAACCUGACAGAGAGAGACGCUCAGACAUACAAAUUCAGAUUCUACACUGAUGAUCCUAAAGGCAGAUACACUGGAGAACCUGGAGUCUCUCUGUCUGUCACAGAUUUGAAAGUUAUAGUAUCAGACGGGAGCAACUGGGGAAAAAAGCUGAGAUGUAGCACCACCUGCAAUCUACUCAACAACCACCAUUAUAUCUGGUACAAGAACGGACAGCAUUUUACUAAGCAGAACAGAAAUGAUCUGUAUAUCAGUAGUGGGGACGCAGGCAGCUACUCCUGUGCUGUAGGAGGACAUGAGGAUCUUCGCUCUCCUGCUGUCUAUUCCCCUAAAAACACCAGAGCAGUGCUUCUUCCCUCUGGAGACACAGUGGAGGGGGAUUCAGUGACUCUGAGCUGUAGCAGUGAUGCAAACCCUCCUGUUCUCACCUACACCUGGUUUAAGCAGAGAGCAGCUGGAGACACACUGCUGACAACAGGCCAAACGUUCAGCAUCAGCAACAUCAGCUCCCAGCACAGCGGACUGUACUACUGCACUGUUCACAACCAGCUGGGACAGCACAACUCCACACCAACACUCCUGGAUGCGUUAUAUUCCCCUAAAGACACCAGAGCAGUGCUUCUUCCCUCUGGAGACACAGUGGAGGGGGAUUCAGUGACUCUAAGCUGUAGCAGUGAUGCAAACCCUCCUGUUCUUAAUCACACCUGGUUCAGAGCAGCUGCAGACACACUGCUGACAACAGGCCAGAAUUACAGCAUCAGCAACAUCAGCUCCCAGCACAGCGGACUGUACUACUGCACCGCUCACAAUCAUCUGGGACAGCAGAACUCUACAUCCAUAUACCUGGAUGUUUUAUACCCUCCCCGAAAUCCGUCUAUGGCUGUCAUUCCAUCCGUGUCUGGAGACUUUGUCAUGCUGUUGUGCUCAAGUGACUCAAACCCUACCAGCUUUUACACCUGGUACAGGAAAACAGAGAGAGAUGUGGUACUAAUUGGAAAUGGCACCAAUUUAACGUUAUCCUCAGAAGAAGCUGGCUUUCAUUACUGUAUGGCAAGAAAUAGGUUUGGAUCAGCCAGGUCCUCAGAAUGGCCAUAUACAUCAGAUAACAGAGCUUUGAAAUGUGCAAUUUCUGGAGUCACUGUUGCUUUGGUUCUGAUAUUGCUUGCUGUGUAUCUGUGGAAACGGAGAGGACUACCAGCCUCCCGCAGCAGAAAUGGUGGAAAGAGCAGCAUUAAUAACUCUACCCCUAUAUAUGAUAACAUCUCCGGCAUGGCCAUGUCCCCUGUACGCUCUCAUGCAGCCUCCUCAGAAGAACAAGACAACGUUCAGUACACAACGGCUUUUUUUAAAUGUUCUCAUGCAAAGGAAGUGCCUCUCUACUCAACUGCUCAGCUGCCUAUGGUCAUUAAGGAGACAGAGGACGUAGAAUAUGCCACUGUGAACAUUCCCAAACCAAGGGCUGUUGGACAGGAUGACAUCUACAGAAAUUUCGAGGUCUCAUGAUCAAGCAAAUGGCAGCUUUUUUCUUAGAAAGGCAGAAGUGGUCCUUUAGAAAUAAUGUUUAAGACUUCUAUUAAGUUUUAUAUGAAAGCCUUCAAUAGUCUAUUUAUUUCUUUUGAUAUUUUUUUUUUUAUUUCAACCAAAAUGACGCCAAAAUAAAGUCAACAUGUACUGUAUAAUUUAAUAAAGACAC